CGGUCCAACCCGCUGUUCUUGGUUUGCUUGGCUGCAGCAGUGACACCGAUAUGUAUGGGAAUAAACCGGAAAGCGGUUUUUAGUUUUUAUAUCUUCAUUUUUGUAAGUUUACGCCAUGGAGUUCCCGGACCUCGGGCAGCAUUGCUCGGAACCGACCUGCAAGCAGCUGGAUUUUCUACCUCUCAAAUGUGACGCCUGUGAGCAGAUUUUCUGCAAAGACCACAUAAUGUACGCCCUCCACAACUGCAGCUCCGCGUACAAGAAGGAUGUGCAGGUUCCAGUUUGUCCCCUCUGUAACAUCCCAAUCCCUGUUAAAAGAGGACAGACGCCAGACAUCGUCGUCGGGGAGCACAUUGAUCGCGACUGCAGGUCGGACCCGGCUCAGCAGAAGCGCAAGAUCUUCACUAAUAAAUGCGGGAAGCCGGGCUGCCGGCAGAAAGAACUCAUGAAAGUGAUCUGUGAAGACUGCCACGGAAACUUCUGCCUCAAGCAUAGGCACCCACUUGAUCAUGAAUGCAAAGGCAACAGCACCCCCAUCUCCCGGGCAGGGCAUGCCGCGUUGCUCAGGUCUCAGGCUUCCUCUUCCAAAGCCCCAGCUUCCUCUAGUCACACAGCAGCCAAGCCAGCAUCACAACCUCAGCGCAGCAGAGCAAGUGUUCCUAUUGCCCAUCCACCCGCUGCAGCCGCUCUACAGAACGGAUUAUCAGAAGAAGAAGCUUUACAGAGGGCUUUGGAAAUGUCACUUGCAGAAUCGGCACAGAAUGCGACUCCGCAGCACAGCUCUCAGGAAGAAGAGGAUUUGGCUCUUGCCCAAGCUCUGUCCGCUAGUGAGGAAGAAUACAGACGGCAGCAGGCGGGGCAGGAGAGUCGUACUGCCAAACAGAGCACCUGCAAUAUGUGCUAGCGCCACCCGGACCAGCCCUCACUCAGCACAGAUACAGAAUCGGGACCUAAUUAAAGCUGCAACGCCUCGCUGGUUUGCCAAGGACGACAGAAGUGGACUGGGAUUUACAUGCAUCGAUUUCUUUGCAGUCUGUUUUUUUUUUGGCACAGUGGCCAUUAACUUGCAGAUCACUUGAAGUGGGUUUAUGACCUUCAUAGGUGGACAGCAGGUGAUUAAAGGGAACGUGACUAGUGUUGAGCGAACUUGUGUUUUAAGUUCGGCGUCUAAAGUUC